UGGGUGGGGUACAAGGGCUCAACAGCUGGUGCAGGAGGACAGCGGCGCCGAGUCGCUACAGACACAGUCGCACCAAAAGCAGAGGGAAUUGGGAAUCAGGGUUUUGAAAAGAAAGCAGGCGAGGAUUUUGUGCAGCGUACAAAUGUUUCGAGGGGCAGGAAAACUAAGGUGGCCGGGAGUCGCAUUUUGUGA